GAUAUUGUAUAUAUAACGGCGCCGUCUAUUGAUGUGCAGUUAGUAGGAGCAACUUUAUUUUAUUAUAAACAAUUAUAUUUUAUUUUUUGUUUGUGUUUCAUUGUAAGGUAAAAAAUCAAACAUUUAAAUUUUGGCGAUUUAAAGUUUUAGUCGCCGAAAAUUUCGGAAACAUGUUUCGUCUUCUCUUGACAACUGCAGCACUUUUUGCGCUGAUCGAUGCGCAGAUUCAAAGGAUUCCAUUAUACAAGAUAGAUUCUGCUCGUAAAGCUUUAAACAAAGGCAGUAUCGACUUGGAACAGAUUGAUUUGACAGUAAAUACUACUUCAUCACUACAAUUGACCAAUUAUUUGGAUGCACAGUAUUAUGGUCCAAUUACCAUCGGAACUCCGCCACAGACAUUUUAUGUAAUUUUUGAUACUGGUUCCUCAGAUCUUUGGGUACCAUCUAUUAAGUGCAGAUCUACCAGCAUUGCUUGUUUAUUGCAUAGUACAUAUGAUAGUUCAAAAUCCAGCACAUAUAAAGCAAAUGGUACUCAAUUUGAAACUCAAUACCAUUCGUAUGGCAAUGUGACCGGAUAUUUAUCUACUGACGUAGUGAAUGUUGCCGGUCGCUCUAUUCAGAAACAAACAUUUGCGGAAAUAACUACUGAACCAAGCUUAAAGUUUAUUUUCGCAAAAUUUGACGGUAUCUUGGGUUUAGCUAAUUCAUCCACAAUCAAUGGAGUGGUACCUGUCUUCUACAACAUGGUGCAACAAGGCCUAGUGCCAAAACCUAUUUUCAGCUUUUAUUUAAAUCGAGACCCUUCAGGCGCGGUAGGUGGUGAAUUAACAUUAGGUGGUUCCGAUUCUGCUCACUACACCGGCUCGUUCACAUAUGUUCCUGUUACUCAGAAAGGAACCUGGCAAUUUACUGUGGACCGGAUCAGAAUAGGUAAAACUAAGGUCCAAAAUAAGGUCAAAAAAGCUAGAAUCUUGUGCCCAAAUAGUUGUCAAGCUAUCGCUGAUACAGGUAGCUCACUAAUAGUUGGACCAACAUCAGAUAUCAAUAUUAUUAACAGACGUAUUGGAGCUAUUAAUAAUGGUUAUGGAAGUUCAGUAGUAAACUGCAAUCAGAUUUCUAAGUUGCCCAUAAUUUAUUUUAUUCUGGGUGGUACGCAAUUUCGCCUUACAAGUAAGGAUUAUAUCAUUCAGGACACUGCGGAUGAUGGUUCCAAAGUAUGUGUUAGCGGUUUCUCGUCAUCUGAUUCACCAGUUUGGCAUUUGGGUGAUGUAUUUAUUAGCCGUUACUAUACUCAAUUCGAUAUGGGAAAUAAUCGAGUGGGAUUUGCUCCAUCGAUAUAAAUGUCGAUUGGCUUAUUAUUUUGAAGUUAUACUGUUGGACGUUAAAUGUUAAAUAUAAAUGAUAAUCUCGCAAUUAA